AUGCUUUUCGCUCCUCUUGCCGCUCUCCUCGGUCUCGCCGCCCCGGCCCUUGCGACCAUCUACACCACCUCGCCCGUCGCGGCCACUGUCGCGACCGCCGGCCAGGUCCUCAACGUCUCGUGGGUCGACGACGGCACCUCGCCCAACCUCACCACCAUUGGCGUGUGCUCGAUUGACCUCUGCGUCGGCUCGACCACCCAGCAGACCUGCCUCCAGAACCUCGGCGAGUCGGUUGACGUUUCGCUUGCCAGCUACCUCACCACCACCAUCAACGCCACUGCUGGCGAGAGCGGUGACUACUGGUUCGUUCGCUACACCUCGACCAACUACACCAACGCGACCACCGCCGAGCCGUACAUGCAGUUCUCUGCUCGUUUCACCAUCAACAACAUGACCGGCACCUUUGACGCCGCCGUCUCGAGCGAGAUUGCCACGUCGACCUCGGUCGCGUCGUCGUCGACUGUUGCCAGCUCCACCAAGAGCUCGACCGCUGCCGUCUCGACCACGUCCGCCGCCCACAACUCCACCUCGACUGGCGCCUCGGCCACCGCCGCCGCAUCGACCACUGUUACGGCGUCUGCCGCUGACGAGAUCAUUGCCCCCGUGGCCUUUGCGCUCCUCGCAGGCAUCGCGGGCUACAUCGCCCUCUAA